UAGCCAAUGAGAAGCCGAUUAUUACGGCGGAGCCCGGAGAACAAUGCUGCUAGUGGUAUCUUUGAGCCAAUGAGGAGCCUUGGUGGCGGCUCGGAGCGCGCAACAGAGGACGCGCGGUCUCCAGACACACGUGACCCGAGUGCGGAGGCCGCCGGGCCCCGCCCCCUGGCCUGGAGGUAGCGCGAUGGGUCUCGCCGCCAAUGGCUUGCGGCACCUCUCGUCACGUGCAGUGUUUGCAGGCCCGGCGACUUCCGCAAGGUCACGUGACAGUUGACGUUAGCGCGUCAUUCCCUCCCCUCCACUCCCCCUCAGAAAAUACAGGGCUGCGCUUGCAGAACCGGGAAUUGGUUUCUCUCGGCGAGGAAUGGCGCGGCCCGGGCGGGGAUAGCCUGUCACGUGCUGCGGGACGGCCCGGGCGGGGCCGGCCACUGGCUGCGGGGGAGCUGGCCGCGCAGGCGUCCUGGGGACCCGGUAGCGGCGGCGGCUGCGGCGACGGGAGCCGGGUCCUCGGCCAGAGCGGGAGGCGGCGGCCAUGGCGGCAGAUGGAGAGCGAUCCCCGCUGCUCUCCGAGCCCGUAGAUGGUGGCGCCGGCGGUAACGGACUGGUGGGGCCGGGCGGCAGCGGGGCCGGGCCCGGGGGAGGCCUGACCCCUUCGGCACCUCCGUACGGAGCCGCGUUUCCCCCGUUUCCCGAGGGGCACCCAGCUGUCUUGCCUGGGGAGGAUCCACCCCCCUACUCACCCCUGACCAGCCCGGACAGUGGCAGCGCCCCCAUGAUCACCUGCCGAGUCUGCCAGUCGCUCAUCAACGUGGAAGGCAAGAUGCAUCAGCACGUAGUCAAAUGCGGUGUCUGCAACGAAGCCACGCCAAUCAAGAAUGCACCCCCUGGGAAAAAAUAUGUUCGAUGUCCUUGUAACUGUCUCCUUAUCUGCAAAGUGACCUCCCAGCGGAUUGCCUGCCCUCGUCCCUAUUGCAAAAGAAUCAUCAACCUGGGGCCUGUUCAUCCAGGACCUCUAAGUCCAGAACCACAACCUGUGGGUGUCAGGGUCAUCUGUGGACAUUGCAAAAAUACUUUCCUGUGGACAGAGUUCACAGACCGAACACUGGCUCGCUGCCCUCACUGCAGAAAAGUGUCAUCCAUUGGGCGCAGAUAUCCACGAAAGAGAUGCAUCUGCUGCUUCUUGCUUGGCUUCCUCUUGGCAAUCACUGCCACUGGCCUUGCUUUUGGCACAUGGAACCACGCACGGCAAUACGGAGGUAUCUACGCAGCCUGGGCAUUUGUCAUCCUGUUGGCUGUGCUGUGUUUGGGCCGGGCCCUCUAUUGGGCCUGUAUGAAGGUCAGCCACCCUGUUCAGAACUUCUCCUGAGUCCCACGAUGACCCACAGACUGUGCCUGGCCUCUCCCUGGUGGGGACAGUGACACUACAGAGGGAGCCAUGGUAAAAGGCUCCCUGGGCUUGUAACAGGAACCAAGCAGCUGCCUUCCUUUUCCCAGGGGAGAGGUAGGAAGGAACCAGGUCCUCACCUAGGCUUUGGAGGGGUAGAUAAGACCAUUGCUGGCCAUCUGCUUUCUUCCAAGGGUUGCUGUUUUAGGGUGAAGUAGGCAAAAUGUUGCCCCCACACCUGGUCCCAAGACGGUUCUAGCUGUGUCCUUCCCAUAUGCUCCCUGAGCCAUUCCUGUCCCUUACACAUUCCAGGGCAGGGUGGGGGUGGGUAGCCCUGGGGGUUUCUCUCCCUCUUGUGCACCACAGGACCUUGCUGCUGCUAUUGCACUUCACCGGGGCUGGCGGAUGGCGCUGGCCUCAGCACCCUCAGUUUCCUCUCCCCCAUUCUGUGUCCUGUGGGGAUGGGGUCAGCUGCUGCUCUGUACAGAACCACAGGACUGACAUGUAUAUAACUAUUUAAUGUGAGGGGCAUGUUCCCCAAGUCCUAUACUUCCCUUAAUUCCUCCUUCCAACCUUUACAGUUACAGCAUUUAACUGGACUGGAUACCAGGGCUGCUGUGUCUUGGGGGAGGUUAGGGACUCAUCCUGUGCUUGUAAAUAAAUCAGGUCAUGACUCUA